AUGAGCUCCACAGCUAACAUUGGCCGAUCUUCCCAGAGCAAUCCAUACGGAUAUGUUCCAACGGAAUGGAUAUGCAUCGUGUUCAUUGCACUCUUUGCCGUCUCUACUUUUAUACAUGUGCUACAAGCCUUACACUAUCGUUUGUGGUGGCUAUUCGCUACGCCCUGUCUAUGCGGAGCAUUGGAAAUUCUUGGUUGGGUCGGCAGGUUGUGGUCUUCUCAGGACCACCUUUCGCUAACGCCGUACAUUAUCCAGAUGUCUUCAACAAUUAUCGCGCCAACGCCUUUGAUAGCGGCUAAUUUCGUUAUACUCGGAGAGAUUAUUCGUCGACUUGGGUCAUGUUACAGUCGCUUGAGUGCCCGGUGGUAUUCACGUGUUUUCGUUAGCUGCGACGUCGUUGCUCUAAUCGCACAGGCCGCGGGCGGCGCUACUGCUGCGAUGGCUGUGGAAGACAAUAGUAACCCUGCGGAUGGUGGUCAUGUCAUGCUGGGAGGCAUUGUCUUCCAGAUGGCUGCUAUCACACUGUACAUGAUACUGGCGACAGAGUUCAUCCUGCGCUUUCACUACAAGAAGCCCUUGCGGAAGGACGACUCCGCCGGAGAGCACAGCUUCGACUCUAAAACGAAGUUCAUGCUUCUCGGGCUCGCGAUCACGAAUGUGUUCAUCUAUAUUCGGUCUGUGUACAGAACAAUUGAAUUGGUAGACGGCUGGGAUGGAACGAUCAUACAGACGCAGGUUUACUUCAACGUCUUUGACGCCGCCAUGAUCACUGUUGCCAUGUAUGUGCUCAAUGCCAUGCAUCCGGGACGCCUCCUGGGUCCCGCGGAGACGUGGAAGGCCGCCAUUGCGCCGACGAAGGAGAUCAAGAUUCCCCGGCCAGAGUCGACGGAUUCCCAACUCCUGCUAGUGUAA